CCCAGGUGAAUCAGCCCAAUCAACCAACGACUAUGGCCGCCGACGCCAGGGGCACAAAGAUCCACGUCACCUCACAUAAUAUCGCAUUCUUAGUCUUCGGCCGGAGGAUCUACUCCGAAUACCUCGACUUUCAGAAGUCAAUCGCACUUUCUCACGACAGCUGUGUAUACAGGUCGGAGAAAGAUUGGAUUGCAGCCCGCGACACUGUACAACUCGUACCUCUUGGGCAUCUUCCGCAUAUUCGAGCCUACAAGGCGUUCAUGUACUGGCUCCAUGAGACCGGCAAGCUGUACAGGGUCCACGAGUCAUCCGCUACCUCGCUCACUAUCGCUAAGCGCUGUGGGCAUGCCUUACAUCCGGCAGUCGCGUCCGCCGAGAUCGAGAGCACGGCAUGCCCGAUGUGUACAAUCAGACAUGCUACUACGGCUUUGUCCAUGGCGUGGAGCACCUGGGAGAGCUUGGGCGCUCCUGAUCGGCGCCCACCGUUCGAUGAAGGAACACCCUCAGCCGAGCUCUACUACAUGGUCAAAUACAUUUGGCGCUUCGAAAAGAAACGAUGGCUGAGUCUCGUUCGACACCACGAGGAGCUGGAAAAAAGUGUGGCCGCGUGGGAGGAGAAGGAAACGCGAAAUGCACACAAGAGCUCGAUGUACACGAUUGACGAGCUGAGGGAGGCGAAAUCGGUAGGGGAAGCUCUCAAGUUUGCGCGAGCAAACGACCCGCAUCACGCGGAAGACGCCGAGCUAACUUUCGUACCACAUCCGCCCUUGAAUCGUCGCACACCCUUCCGACCAUACCGAACCGAAUCGACUGCACAAGAAAAUUUUCUUGGGCCACUGGACGAGCAAAGCGUGACAUCGCAAUUGUUUCGCACGAGCGAGCCGCCGUCACCGCCACAGUCCCCACCGCAUUCGAAACUUGCUCAUACACAAUCGGCAUCAUCCCGCCGCGAUUCGUCUUCGUCGUAUCCUUCACUAGUCUUGUCGCCCCUUCGUAGUCCGAUUCAGGUGAAGAAGGCAGUCAAAUUCGCUGUCGAUGUGGUGGAACAUGAGGCACGAAACGGGUUCGCAUUCAAGCGAACCUCUGUGUCCUAUAGCCCAGGACGCCAUGCAUCUCCUUCUAAGGUCGGAUGGGCAGACACGAGUUUCUCGACCCAGAGGAACUUCCGGUAUGACGACGAGUCGACCGACCUAGAACUAGAGCUUCAACGACUUGAAGCCUUCUUCCGUCGCUCCAGGGAAGAUACCGAUUCUACCUUAGACGACGAUGUUGUCGGUGAUAACGAGAGCGACACUGACUCGGAAAACGGAAGCGAUACCGAUACUGAUCCUGACGUGGAAGAAGACGACUUUGAGGAUAAUUUGGCAGAGGCCAUUAUGCAAUCCUUCAAUGUCGAUAUGGACUCGGCUGAUGGAAUCGGUGACAUGACAGAGGCUAAACUCGAAGCGGGACGGAGCAACAGCGUAGCACCGUCUGGGCUGAACGUGCAAAUGCUGGACUCGUUGAGGGGUCUAUCAGAUGCAGAGCUGAAGUCUCUCCUAUCCACGAGCGGUCUUUCCCACAUCCCAAGGACAGCCGGUCAGGUCCCCAUAUGACGGAGGACGCUCGGCCAUCGGGCGGUUCUGAGCUUCAUAUAAUUUCAGCAGAUGCUGGCUUAGACGGAGGCGAGGGAGCGAGACGUAGCGUGCAGCCUGAAGCUACAGCCAAUCAUGACUCCACGGAAGACAAUGCAGUCCCUGCAUCAGACGCAGCCCAGCAUCUCUCCGAGAUGAUGUGGUCCCUGGAUGCUCGCUCUGUCUCUGUUCCCAGGGUCACCGAGUCAGCCAUUGA